CCUAUAUUCACAUGCUACCUACUUCACAACCACUCAACCUCUCAGCAAAUAACCCUUGCGCGUGAAAAAAAAAUAAAAAAAAUAAAAGAAGAAAUCAAUAACAGACAAUAGUUAAACCAUAAAUUACCUACCUUACCUUAGUAAUAAAAACAAUUCCACAACCACAAAAAUGCUCAUCCGCACCCUCCCCCUCUCCACCCCCCUCACAAUCCCAACCGAGCCCCUAACCCCCAUCUCCUUCGCCCCCUUCGGCGCCGUCUUGACCAACCCAGCCCCCGACCUCCGGCCCUCCGCAGCCGCAUCUUCCCCCUCUUCCCUGCCCCGAGGCUACGGCGCCGUCUCCGCCAACCAGGGCACCGCCAUCCAGUACCGGGGCUUGGCGCCCCCGCUGCGGGACCUAUACGCCCAGGCUCCGAGCGGUAAGGCGGCUACGCCGCGGACUACCAUGUUCGUGUGCGGCGCGCGGGAGCUGGAGUUGGAGUCGGAACGGGGUGGUGGUGGUAGUGGAGAUGGGAGCAGCAGCAGCAGCAGCGCAGGUCUGUUUACCGUGCGAGUCCUCGAGCGCCACCCCUUUACCACACAGACUUUCAUACCUCUCAGCUCCUCUUCUUCUUCUUCCCCACCAGCACAAUACCUAGUCAUCGUAGCGCCGACCCUGCCCCCCACGAGCGCAGACAACGACCUCCCCGUGCCCGAAGACACAGACACCAACACCACAGCGCAAACCAAGCUCCCGGGCCGCGGCAUGCCGGACCUAAGGCGCAUCCGCGCGUUCCUAGCGACGGGCUCGCAGGCCGUGACCUACGGCGCGGGGACGUGGCACGCGCCGAUGGCGGCGCUCGGACCGCCUGGCUCCGCGGUUGAUUUCGUCGUCGUGCAGUUCGCCAACGACGAGCCGGUUGAGGAUUGCCAGGAGGUGGCUCUCGAGGGGGGAGGGGAGGGUGGCCCGCGGAUAAGGGUUAGGGUGCCGGGGCGUAAGGGGGAGGGUUCGAAACUGUGA